AUGUCCGAGAAGUCCUCCUCUCACCCCGACCUGGAGCGAAGAACUCCUUCGCCGUCUGUCACUCAGUAUGGAUCACCUGAAAGUACAGUUCAACCACCAAUAGAUCCGAAUAUCAUUGACUGGGAUGGACCGGACGACCCCGAGAAGCCGAUCAACUGGCCGAGAUCUCGCAAGGCAGGAGUGAUUGGUACCGUCUGCUUACUGCGUUUUGUCACUCCCCUCGCUUCUUCAAUGAUGGCAUCAGGCAUUGUCCAAAUUGAACACGAGUUCAACACAACUACUGCGACCUUCACUACAUUUACUAUUAUUGGAUUUGGCCUGGGCCCAUUGGUCCUCGCUCCUCUCUCCGAAGUGUACGGCCGGAACACUAUAUACCAUGUCUGCAAUGUCCUCUUCACCAUAUUUACCGCGGCUUGCAGUCUGUCACCCAAUGCAGAGGCCCUUUUUGCCUUCAGAUUAUUAGCAGGAAUUGUUGGUGGUGUUCCCUUGACCAACGCUGGUGGAACAAUCGCCGACAUUGUUCCAGUUAACCGUCAAGGAUCCAUUAUGACUCUGUUCACUCUUUGUUUGCUUGUUGGGCCUGUCCUUGGGCCCACCGCAGGAGGAUUUCUGAGUCAAGCAGCUGGCUGGUGCUGGAUUUUCUGGCUUUUGACUAUUAUGGUAGGGCUGAAACUGACUUCCACAAUUUAA